AUGGCCCAUGCUGCGGCCCACUUGAAGAAAGCUCGUGAGCUCGAGCAUCCACCAGAGUAUAGAGCUCUACAGAAAGCCAGGGAGAGGAGGAGGCGGCAGCGUGAGAGAGCUGAGCGCAAGCGUCAGUCGGACAGUAACACCAGCUUUCUGAGGGCUGCAAGGGCGGGAAACAUUGACAAAGUCCUAGAAUUCCUGAAAGGAGGAGUAGACAUCAGCACCUGUAACCAGAACGGUCUGAAUGCGCUGCAUCUGGCAGCUAAAGAGGGCCACGAGGAGCUAGUGGAGGAGCUGUUGGAGAGAGGAGCACCUGUUGACUCAGCCACCAAGAAAGGAAAUACCGCCCUCCACAUAGCCUCAUUGGCUGGACAAAGAGAGGUGGCCAGACUCCUGGUGAAGAGAGGAGCAGAUGUCAACGCUCAAUCCCAAAGUGGUUUUACUCCACUUUACAUGGCAGCCCAGGAAAAUCACUUGGAUGUGGUUCGUUACUUGUUGGAAAAUGGAGGCAACCAGAGCAUUGCAACAGAGGAUGGCUUCACCCCACUGGCCAUUGCUCUCCAGCAGGGCCACAACUCUGUGGUCUCCCUCCUGUUGGAGCACGACACCAAGGGCAAAGUCCGCCUUCCGGCCCUGCACAUUGCUGCCCGCAAGGAUGACACCAAGUCCGCUGCCCUGCUGCUCCAGAACGACCACAACGCUGAUGUCCAGUCCAAGAUGAUGGUCAAUAGAACCACGGAGAAUGGGAAGAGUGGGUUCACCCCUCUGCACAUUGCUGCUCACUAUGGCAAUGUAAAUGUCUCCACCUUGCUGCUGAACAGAGGAGCUGCUGUGGACUUCACAGCCAGGAAUGGGAUAACACCUCUCCAUGUCGCCUCCAAGAGGGGCAACACAAACAUGGUGGCCCUGCUGCUGGACCGAGGAGGGCAGAUAGAUGCUAAGACCAGGGAUGGGCUGACACCCCUGCACUGUGCAGCCAGGAGUGGACAUGACCCAGCAGUGGAGCUGUUGCUGGAGAGGGGAGCGCCCAUGUUAGCCAGAACCAAGAAUGGACUGUCCCCACUGCACAUGUCAGCCCAGGGAGACCAUGUGGAGUGUGUGAAGCACCUGCUGCAGCACAAGGCGCCUGUUGAUGAUGUCACACUGGACUACCUCACGGCGCUACACGUAGCGGCUCACUGUGGCCACUACAGAGUCACCAAGCUGCUACUGGACAAGAAGGCCAACCCCAAUGCUAGAGCACUGAAUGGUUUCACCCCUCUUCACAUCGCUUGUAAGAAAAACAGGGUGAAGGUGAUGGAGCUGUUGGUCAAAUAUGGAGCUUCUAUACAGGCCAUUACUGAGUCUGGUCUGACACCCAUCCAUGUAGCAGCCUUCAUGGGCCACCUCAACAUCGUUUUACUUCUGCUGCAGAAUGGAGCCUCUCCUGACGUCUGCAAUAUACGUGGUGAAACAGCGCUCCACAUGGCAGCACGGGCAGGUCAGAUGGAAGUGGUUCGCUGUUUGCUGAGGAAUGGAGCUCUGGUAGACGCCAUGGCCAGAGAGGACCAAACACCACUACACAUUGCAUCUCGUUUGGGAAAAACUGAUAUUGUCCAGCUGCUGCUGCAGCACAUGGCCCAUCCAGAUGCUGCCACUACCAACGGCUACACCCCUCUCCACAUCUCAGCCAGAGAGGGCCGGGUGGAGACUGCUGCUGUGCUGCUGGAGGCCGGUGCUUCACACUCACUGGCUACCAAGAAAGGAUUCACUCCAUUACAUGUAGCAGCUAAAUAUGGAAGCCUUGAUGUAGCAAAACUCCUCCUUCAACUCAGAGCUGUCCCUGACGAUGCUGGCAAGAAUGGCCUAACUCCACUACAUGUGGCAGCUCACUAUGACAACCAACAGGUGGCACUUCUACUGCUAGAUAAAGGAGCAUCACCUCAUGCGACAGCCAAGAAUGGCUACACUCCCCUCCACAUUGCAGCCAAGAAGAACCAGACAGCUGUCGCCUUAGCACUGCUGCAGCACGGAGCAGAGACCAACGUACUGACCAAGCAGGGAGUCAGCCCUCUGCACCUGGCAGCCCAGGAAGGACACGCUGAGAUGGCCAGCCUGCUGCUCGACAAAGGAGCCCACGUCAACACAGCCACCAAGAGUGGACUGACUCCUCUCCACCUCACAGCCCAGGAGGACAGGGUCAGUGCAGCAGAGGUACUGGCCAAACAUGACGCCAACUUGGACCAGCAAACUAAGCUUGGAUAUACCCCUCUGAUUGUGGCCUGUCACUAUGGAAAUGCCAAGAUGGUGAACUUCUUGUUACAACAAGGUGCCAGUGUCAAUGCGAAAACCAAGAAUGGAUACACACCCCUUCACCAGGCAGCACAACAAGGAAACACACACAUUAUCAAUGUUCUGCUGCAGCAUGGAGCUAAACCGAAUGCUACUACUGUGAAUGGAAACACUGCUCUGUCCAUUGCAAAACGUCUGGGUUACAUCUCUGUGGUGGACACGCUGAAGGUUGUCACUGAGGAGGUCAUCACCACGACAACGACGGUUACAGAGAAACACAAGUUGAACGUUCCAGAGACCAUGACUGAGAUACUGGACGUGUCUGACGAAGAGGGUGAGGACACAAUGACAGGGGACGGAGGGGAAUAUCUGAGAGCAGAGGACCUCCGAGAGCUGGGAGACGACUCUCUGCCUGGACACUACCUGGACGGUUUCAGCUACAUGAGCCACAAUCUGGACAGAUCGCAACAGACUCCCAUUCACCAAAGCUUCCACCAGAGAGACGGGGUUCUCAUAGAGGACAUGAUAACAAGCCACCAGGUGUCGUCUCUGUCAAGAGAGAAUGAGAAGGAUUCUUUCCGUCUGAGCUGGGGUGCUGAGCACCUUGAUAAUGUGGUGCUGUCCUCCAACCUGCUACACUCUGGCCGCUCCUCCCCGUGCCUAGACCAUGACAACAGCAGCUUCCUGGUCAGCUUCAUGGUUGAUGCCAGGGGUGGGGCCAUGCGUGGUUGCCGUCACAAUGGCCUGCGAAUCAUUGUACCACCUAGGAAGUGUUCUGCGCCUACACGGGUGACAUGUAGGCUGGUGAAGAGGCACCGUCUUGCCUCCAUGCCUCCUAUGGUGGAGGGGGAGGGCCUGGCUGGUCGCAUCAUAGAAGUUGGACCCACUGGAGCCCAGUUCCUGGGUAAGCUUCACCUGCCCACAGCUCCACCCCCUCUGAAUGAGGGUGAGAGCCUGGUCAGUCGGAUCCUGCAGCUGGGUCCUCCAGGAACCAAAUUCCUCGGGCCUGUGAUAGUGGAGAUCCCCCACUUUGCAGCUCUGCGGGGGACAGAGAGAGAGCUGGUGAUCUUGAGGAGUGAAACAGGGGAGAGCUGGAGGGAGCACCACUGUGAAUACACUGAGGAGGAGCUCAACCAAAUACUCAAUGGCAUGGAUGAAGAACUGGAUUCCCCUGAGGAACUAGAGAAGAAGAGGAUAUGCCGUAUUAUAACCCGGGACUUCCCACAAUAUUUUGCGGUGGUGUCACGGAUCAAGCAAGACAGCCAUUUGAUUGGCCCAGAGGGUGGGGUCCUCAGCAGUACUCUGGUGCCCCAGGUCCAGGCUGUCUUCCCCGAGGGAGCCCUGACCAAGAAGAUCAGAGUUGGUCUACAGGCCCAGCCCAUCGGCGCUGAAGUAGUGAAAAAGAUCCUUGGUAACAAGGCCACAUUCAGCCCGAUCGUUACCUUGGAACCAAGAAGGAGGAAGUUCCACAAGCCAAUUACCAUGACAAUCCCAAUCCCCAAGAGCUCCAACAGUGAUGGGACAGUCACUGUGUUUAGUGGAGAGACCCCCACUUUGCGUUUGCUUUGCAGCAUUACUGGUGGAACCACUCCUGCCCAAUGGGAGGACAUUACGGGCUCCACGCCUCUCACCUUUGUUAACCAGUGUGUGUCCUUUACUACAAAUGUGUCAGCAAGGUUCUGGCUGAUUGACUGCCGCCAGAUCCAGGAGUCGGUCAAUUUCUCCUCUCAGCUGUACAGGGAGAUUAUCUGUGUCCCAUACAUGGCAAAGUUUGUCAUCUUUGCCAAAACGCUCGACCCGAUUGAGGCCCGCCUGCGCUGUUUCUGCAUGACUGAUGACAAGAUGGACAAGACCCUGGAGCAGCAGGAGAACUUCACUGAAGUGGCCCGCAGCAGAGACGUAGAGGUGCUCGAAGGGAAACCUAUAUUUGCUGACUGCUUUGGAAACCUUGUACCUCUUACCAAGAGUGGACAGCACCAUGUCUUCAGCUUCUUUGCUUUCAAAGAGAACAGACUAGCACUCUUCAUCAAAAUUCGGGACACAGCACAGGAGCCAUGCGGUCGCUUGUCCUUCACCAAGGAACCACGCACCUACCGAAGUCUUAACCACAAUGCAAUCUGCAACCUCAACAUUACGCUGCCAACAUACUCAAAGGAGUCGGAUUCAGACCAAGAUGCAGAUGAUGAGAGUGAAAAGAGUGACAGGAAAUUGGAUUGGCAGGAUGAUGCUGACAGGAAAGAGGAGACCUUAGCUAUCAUUGCAGAUCUUCUUGGCUUCAGCUGGACAGAGCUGGCAAGGGAGCUGGAAUUUAGUGAGGAUGAGAUCCAGACAGUGAGAACAGAAAAUCCCAACUCCCUCCAAGAACAGAGCCAUGCCCUUCUGCAGCGCUGGGCUGAACGGGAAGGCAAACAUGCCACAGAGGACUGUCUAAUUAAAAGACUUACCAAGAUCAACCGUAUGGACAUUGUUCACCUAAUUGAAACCCAGAUGAAUAAGUCAGUUCAAGAGCAAACAUCUAGAACCUAUGCAGAGAUAGAGAAGACACUGGAUCAUAGUGAAGUGUCAGUAGCCCUAUCCUCAGUACAAGAGGAUGUUGAUAGCCCCAGACUGGUUCGGAGGGUGGAUUCAGACCGCAGACCACCCCCAGCUGUUUCUGAAGAAGAUCUAUCAGUAGCUUCUCUACUGGAUAUUCCCUCCUGGGCAGAACCUAUUGGACACACACACUCAGAAAGCAUGCAUGGCGAUCUAUUAGAGGAGCUGGAAAUCCCACAUGAGUUGAACCCUAAUCUGUGGACUUCAGAGGACGUAAUUACACGGCAGUCUACAAGUUAUGACAACAGUGAUGAUCAAGCUGAUGAAAUGCCUGAUCUCCCCCCCCAAUCAGUGACAGAAGAGAAGUACACAGAUGAAAAUGGACACACGGUGGUCAAAAGGGUGACCCGCAAGAUUAUUCGCAAGUGUGUGUCUGCAGAAGGUGUGGAGCGUGAAGAGGUCUUAUUAGAAGGAGUUCCCCAGGGUUCAAGCGGGAUGACAGAAGCAGAUGGCUACUCUAAGGUUGUGAAGCGGACUGUGCUGAAGAGCGAGGGAGACCACACAGAGGUAACAUUUUCUGAAUGUGAGGGUUUCCCAGCAUCAGGGCAGGAGACAGCUGGGGGUUGUAAGGUCAGUCAGGUGGAAAGGACAACGGUGGUGGAGGGUGAGAGGACAGUGACACAGCUUGGUGACCUGUCAUUGGCUUCUGACCUCCCGUCAGCCCAAGAUGACUUCAAACAGGGCCCACAUGCGUAAAGGUCGCACACACAGACGAACGGUGGUGAAGCGAGCUGGCCGGCGAAAACAGGUCCUGCUGGAGCAAGUGGACGACUCCAAAAGUUCGCAACCGCAUGACCUCCAGCAGCAUCUCCAUCAGCUCAUUCAUCGCUACUGUGAAGAAGAAGACGAGGACAAUGAUGAGGAGGAGGAGGAGGAAGAGGAAGAAGAGAAGAGGAAUGUGUAACACUCUCAGCUCCCUUGCUCCCUGGCUCUGUCCAUCCCCAGAGUUACCCCAGUCCUAUGCAUUAACCACAUGCAAUCCCAGUAUGCACUUUGGCACCUCGACUACCACAGUCUUCCCUUUUAAGUCCCGGAAGAUGAUCUUUUGUCCAUCAAUUAGGAGUUUUCUUCCCUACCUGCUAUUAGUUAAAUGUGUCGUUUUCUUUUUUUGGUGACCAAAGACAGCCUUUUUGUUGUAGUUGUUUUUCUGAGAACUUUUACUUUCCAUGUUAGAAGAGUCAGAUAUUUUUUGUCUUGAUGCUGUGGUAAAGCAAAACAAACAACAGAGCAAAACAGAAAAAGUAAUACUCACAUCAACUCACAAACCUCCUACUGAAGAACACUGAGCAAAGUAUUUGUGCUACUCUCUGAGUAGGUGCUUGGACUCCAGGACAAUAUAUCACACUGCACUGCCUCUCACAAUCACAAUUCUGAGAAAUUCCAUCACGAAAACGAUUUUGCUCAUUGUACUCGCCUCUACGCUCUUUUGAUUCAGGUGGUCAAGAUGUCACAAAAAGCAAACCUGACUGUAUCAACACUGAAUUCAUAAUUGCUGCUGCCGUGUUUUGUGUCGGCUAUGUGUAUUCUGUCUUUGCAAAGUAUAUAUAAUCUGUGCAUUUAUAGAAAUGACUGACAUUUGUAGCUGAGGCAUUAUUAAUCACUCAUAUUAAGAAGAGCUGGCAUGACUAAUCAACAUCUGUCACUAUGAUCAUAGCUGUGCUUGCUUUGUAGCUCUUGUAGUGACCCCCUCUGCCUCUCUUUCCCUCUUGUGUAUUUCUUUCUCCAUCACCCUUUUUGUUCCAUGUCAUCCUGUCUGUGUUUUUCAGCUUUUUCAGAUGAACAUCCUCUUUUAAACUCUUCAUCUUGACUUUUCUUGUGUGGAUCUGUGGAUGGUAUGAGUGUGUUUUAAGUUUUUGCACAUGUGUUGACAGUGUCAUACUGCAUUGAAGAUGGCGUGGAAGAUUUUUAGCAUAAUUUUACUUUUAUUGCGUGAAGAUGUUUUAUUUUGGAGUUGUUUUUUUGUUUUGUUUGUUUGUUUGGUUAUUUUAACAGGUACGCUAGGGAACUAAAUUAAUUCAUCUGUUUAGAGUUGAUGUUUCUUUCAUUAGGAAUUAAAAUCCCAAUGGUGAUUAUAUUAUAAGUUGAGAAGGUGAAAUGCCAGCUGCCUCUGAGGCACUUGUCUGAUAUGAAGUGGUUGCUGAGGUGGUUUUUAAGUGUUUGUUUAGUUUAAUGUAAGAAUUUCUUAGUUUAAUGUUUGGCCUGGAUAGUGUGGGACCAGGUGUUGGGGUUUGCAUGGUGGUCAACUGUGAGUGAGUGAGAGUCUGUAAGUGUAACAGAAGAGUGUGUGCCAGUUUCUGUCAGCAGAGAAACCUUUAUUUCUCACAACCCCACUGCACUCCUGAGUGUCAGGAGGGCAAAGCCUCCCUGCUUUUAGGACAUAGGACAUGAGAUAUGUUAUAUUUUGAUGAAUGGGACAGCCUCAUUUUUGUAGGACACAUCACAGGUAUUGUAGAAAAUGGUUUUACAGCAGAUACAAAUGUGAUGAGGCAGGUUGAGAGCAUAUGUAUGCUAUCAUUCACAGCUCUACAUAUAGAAACUGUAUGUAUCUAUGACACAUAAUGUAUUUAUUUCACUAUCACUGUUUACUUUGACUGCAGUUCAGAAAAAAAAUGUAAAAUGCAAAACUAGUGGAAGUUCACUGUGACAGGUAGGCUUUUAAUUUGAAGAAUCAGCAUCCCGUUUCUGUGGUGAUGACAGUUAUAUACACAUAGUAUACAUAUAUAAAUAUCUAUAAGGGCAUGUAUUACUUUAUCAAAAUUCAAAAAGCCAAAAACAAAAUGGCUGCAGUGUGUUUAUGGCUGAUAGAGAAUAAAGUCUACAAGUGUAAAAUGAA